GAAAGUACAAGACCUAGCAAUUGGGUUUGUUAUAUAGGUUUUGACACGUAUGAACACAGCCUACAUCAUUAUAAUCAAAUUUGAUUCGGUUUCCCUUUUCUCUUUGUGGCGUCAGAGCGUUUUUCUCAAUUCCCUUGCCCCCCAAGCAAUUUGGAGACACAAGUUCUUCAAUAAAAGCUGCGAUCAAAAGGAUUAAGAUCCUAUUGGUCAAAGUUUUGAAUUGAAGGGACAUGGUAAAGAAGAAGGAAUCGAUUCAGUAUGAACACGAUAAUUUGUUUACGGACUCGGAUCAAUCUCCAGGGAAUGGUAUACAUGAAUAUGAAGUUGAGUUGAUGUCUGAAUCUUCAAGGAUGACAGAACCCAUUAAACCUCCGCCGCAACAGCCUAUACCAACGAAGAUGAAUGAGAAAUUAGGGCUUUGCGAAAGAGCGUUAUCCGCCGCUGGCGCCGCCUUCCUCUCCGCCAUUAUUGUUAACCCUCUUGAUGUGGCCAAAACAAGGCUGCAAGCACAGGCUGCUGGUGUGGCAUACUUGCAUCCAAUGACUAAUCUUACGAGUCGGAUGGCCGUUUUUGGACCAAACAUGAUGUUUGCGGAUCUAAGAUGUUCUCCAUCGUGUAGUCGUGCUGGAGUACAUGGUACAGUGUCCAUCUGUCCACCGGAUUGCUUUGAGUACAAAGGAACACUUGAUGUUUUCUACAAAAUUAUUCGGCAGGAGGGAUUUGGAAGAUUAUGGCGAGGCACCAAUGCUGGUCUUGCAUUGGCUAUACCAACUGUGGGAAUCUAUCUGCCUUGCUACGACAUCUUCCGGAAUUGGUUUGAAGAGUUUGCAGCUGAAAACGCUCCAAGCAUGACACCAUACGCCCCGUUACUGGCUGGAUCAUUGUCACGUUCAUUGGCUUGCACUACCUGUUAUCCUAUCGAACUUGCUAGAACCCGUAUGCAGGCAUUUAAAGACUUCAACACUGGUAAAAAAGCUCCGGGAUUGUGGAAGAUGUUACUGGAUGUGAAGACGACAAAUGUGCAAAGCUAUCGCGCCCUUUGGACAGGUCUUGGGGCACAGCUGGCACGUGAUGUGCCUUUUUCUGCAAUUUGUUGGUCAACCCUUGAGCCGGUAAGAAGGCGGCUUCUGGGUGUGGUGGGUGAAGAGGCCAAUGCCGCCAGCAUGCUUGGAGUCAAUUUCUCAGCAGGUUUUGUUGCAGGCAGCCUUGCUGCAGCCGCCACCUGUCCGCUUGAUGUUGCAAAAACCAGAAGACAGAUAGAGAAGGAUCCUGUUAGAGCAUUAAGGAUGACAACAAGGCAGACUCUAAUGGAGGUUUGGAGGGAUGGGGGAAUGAGGGGACUAUUUACAGGGGUGGGCCCACGUGUGGGCCGUGCAGGGCCUUCUGUUGGAAUUGUGGUGUCGUUUUAUGAAGUUGUCAAACUUGAUCUCCAGCUUCAUCAUGAUGAUGAUGGUGAUGAUGAUGAUGAUGGAGGAGAAGAAUAA